GUUCUAUGACGUGAACAAAUGAAUUGACGUGAUGAAUCACAAUAUUUUGAAUUGUUCGUGUAUGUUUUUGCGUUGUUAAAGGCAUAGGUCUGAACAAAAUUAAGAUUUGAAACUAUGGCGGAGGACAGCACGCAGAAAUCAAAGUUGCCAUCAAAUGAAGAAAUAAUCGAUGAACUUACAAAAGACAUCUCUGAUUUUGCCAUCUCCGAGAACGUUCCGGCAGGUGCCACGAAUACCACGCCCGUCUCGAAAGAUUUGAACAGCGACGCUCCCACCAGAGACGACAGUUUCGAUGAAGACAGCGGAGGUGCGGAAGAUGACAGUUCCGCCAAGGACGAAGACUAUAUCGAUGAAGUAGCUUUGAAGGACGCUGAAGUUACGUAUACAGAAGAGGAUAAGAAGAGGCUGCAGAAGGAGGCCCUGGAGGCGAAGGAGAGCGGCAACGAGCUGUUCCGUGCCGGGGAGUUCCGGCCGGCCGCGCAGAAGUACACCCUCGCGCUGCGCACCUGCCCGCUGGCGUUCCCCGCUGACCGCGCGGCGCUCUUCUGCAACCGCGCCGCCUGCAAGAUGAAGCUGGAACUGCUGAAGUCCGGGGUGGAGGACUGCACGGAAGCGAUCGCGUUGAAGCCGGACUACGUGAAGGCGUUCCUCAGGCGGGCGGGCAUGUACGAGCGGCUGGAGAAGCUGGACGAAGCGUUGGCCGACUACAAAGAGAUACUGAAGCUGGACCCCGGCAAUAAGGAUGCAUACGCGGCCACCAUGAGGCUGCCAGGGGAAAUCAAUGAAAGGAAUGAGAAAAUGAAGACUGAAAUGUUGGGCAAACUAAAAGAACUCGGCAACAUGGUGCUGAGGCCGUUUGGGCUGUCGACAGACAACUUCCAGGUCAACCAAGACCCCAACUCCGGGGGUUACUCCAUCAACUUUCAGCAGAACUCCAAAUAAGACACACCAUCGUCAUUGAUACAAGCACACAUAAUGCUACAAAUAUGUUAUUUCCACAUGCAUAGUAUUUAUUGCUUGGUUAUAUAUAUAUUUUUUUUUUCCAGUUUUUCUUUUUUGAAGCUUUUGAAAUAAAGAAACUGAUUUUUUUUUUC